UGGAGUUAAGGCUCUUCAAGGACAUCUGAUUUCUAAGUUUGCUUUUUACCACUCAUCUGGGCCAAAAGUAGAGGAAACUGCUUUAUCUUCUGCAGCUGGAAUUCAAAAUAAGCAUUUGAACUCGGACACAGCCUGCAGAGGAUCUGCAGUUUCCUCCCUGUCCAGUAGAGGUCUUUCCCCCAGAUUGGGGAGAAGAGACGUCAACCGGUCACACAGUCCCACCGUUACAGAUGAUGACGAUUCGAGAUCAGACACACCGCCACCACCUCUCCUUAUCCACACUCAGACUCUGCUUUGUCUUUCUACUGAGAGUUGACAACAUUAAAUAUCCACAAAGUGAGGCCAACUCCUGCACUGUGUCGUGGCUGUGUGAGCAGGCAGCUCAGCGUUACUACCAGAAAUGUGGCCUCCUGCCUCGUCUCUCUCUGCAGAAAGAAGGCGCCCUGCUCUCCCCGCAGGACCAGCUGCUGGCCGUCCUGCACACAAAUGAAGAGGUGCUGGUCACUGGUGGAGAGAAGCAGGUGAUGCUGGAGUCAUUGCAGCUAGAUACACAUUACAGCAUCUUGGUCACCGCUGAGUAGUGCAACAGAGAAGGAGGCAGCGGUUCAGCUCAGGGCAAAACUGGGUGUAGAAGGACUCCCAAGCGUCCAGCCCAGGUGCCUCCUGAAGUCUUCCCUGCCCAGCAACAGCCCGGGUGGGACAAAAGACCGUUGUAGCUGAAAAGAUACAGAGUUUGUGCGAUGUUAUACAAUGGACGCUGC